AUGGCCAACUUCUUCGACAAUAAAGCCCGUGCACAAGCGGCGGCAUCGGGCUCAAGUUCGAAACCAAAAGCCAACGAUGGCUCCGCCGCCGCCGCUCCUCGAAUGGCACCGUGGGUGGAAAAGUACCGACCAAAGUCGUUAGAGGACGUCCGAUCACAAGACCACGUCGUCCAGACACUGAACCGAAUGGUCCACGCCUCGAAUCUACCGCACCUUCUACUCUACGGGCCUCCCGGGACUGGCAAAACGUCGACGAUCCUGGCCCUCUGUCGAGAGCUGUUCGGGCCCGAGUUGUUUCAUUCGCGGGUACUCGAGUUGAACGCCAGUGACGAGCGAGGAUUGUCCGUGAUCAGAGAACGAGUCAAACAAUUCGCCGCCCUGCAUCUCGUCAGUGCCCCUGCUUCGAAGGAGUAUCGAGAUCGGUACCCGUGUCCGCCGUUCAAGGUGAUUAUUCUUGACGAGGCCGAUUCCUUGACACAAGAUGCUCAGGGCGCUUUGAGACGAGUAAUGGAGAUCCAUAGCAAAAUCACCCGAUUUUGUCUUUGUUGUAACUACGUCUCCCGAAUAAUUGACCCAAUUGCAUCUCGAUGCUCCAAAUUCCGUUUCAAAGCGUUGGAGGGUGACCAAGCAUCGUCACGGAUUCAACAGAUCCUAGCUACGGAAAACGUCAAAUACGACGACGGCGUGAUCGAACGGGCUUUGAAAGUAUCGGACGGCGAUCUCAGAAGGGCCAUCAAUUUGCUUCAGAGCGCCGCUCGAUUAGUCGGAGCGACGCCCACACCAAAUCAAACAUCCACAAACGGUCAAAGUGGAACAGCCUCCUCGGCCAACAAAAAGACAUCAAAGACCAUCCCGGACGAUUCGGACGAGGAAAUGGGCGGAGUUGGUGACAAUGAUGAUGUUGCUGUCGGAGACGGCGCCGCUGCCGCCCCUUUGACAGAAGAGUCCAAGAGUAUCAAAGUCUCCGACAUUGACGAGAUCGCAGGAACGUUCCCGCCCGACCUGACGGACAGACUGGUCGAGGUCCUGCAAAAGGGCAACACUCGGAACUACGACGCCAUCGCGGCCGAGAUCACCGACAUCGCCGCGUCGGGGUACGCGGCGAACGAGGUGUUGGCGAGUCUACACUCCAAACUCGUGUUCGAUGACCUGAUCGACUCGAGGAAGAGGUACAAGCUCACGCAGACGUUUUCGGAAUUCGACAAGAGGUUGGUCGACGGGGUGGAUGAGCAUCUCGCGCUGCUCGAUCUGUCGUGUCAAUUGGCCGGUGUUUUGGCCGCGUGAGAGACGAGUGAGCCUGUUCGAGUCAAGAUCAGGCUGGGCCUCGACCCGGGUACUCCAAGAGAGAGCACCAGUAAAUGUCACAGACACGGACGAG